GAAGUAUGCAAUACUUGAGUCUUCACCAGAAGGCAGAGAGGAAAGAACACAGCAACAGGUCGUCACGUUUGCCGUCUGCUGAAGGAGCAGCUUGUUUGAACCCACGUUGAGACUCCGUCGCGAUGACCGUGUCGGGUAUGAACCCAGUACUGGUGGCAGUUCCUCUGUGGAUGAGCUUUGGCAGAGCAGCUGCUCUCGCCGAGCCUGAGAUCUGCUACAUACUGGAUGGCAUCUUGUUUCUGUACGGCAUCAUCCUGACGGCUCUCUACUGCAGGAUCAAGAUCUACAGUGCUAGAGAGGCUAACGCUGGAAAAGGAAAGCCAAAGCAGAACGUUGAAGAAGGCAUAUAUACGGGUCUGACACCUCAUGCCACUGACACAUACGAAACUAUCGGCAUGAAGAAGUGAAGGAAAGGAACUAGUCCAGUCUUCUUUCAAAACCCUUUAUUUUUUUUCUUGUAUUUAAAAACUGCACAUCACACUGCUUUUGUAUACAAGCAUCUAUUUCCCCAUUUGCUUUUGUAGAACAUGUACUGGACAUUUUUAGGAGGACAGAAAAAGAGAAGUGGAGCUAAAACCUGGCAGAUCUUUUUUAGAAAUGCUCUGCUCCUCCUGUAGAACAUACUUUUCCUUUCUUGUUACACAUAUUAAAUUAUUUCUUUUUUAUUGUGAUAAAUAUAUAUCUUUUAUAAACAUAUGAGUAGAGGUUUGAAAUGUCAUGUUGUUGUCCGGACCGACAUGCUGACUAUGCCCCCUCUCUCUCACCGCCACCCCUCCUUCUCACCGCCACCACAGAUACUUCCUCUUUAGGCCUUUUUGAAAGAAGUCUGUUUUUUGUGAGAAAGUCUAUGGGCUUUAGACACAUCGUGUGCCCUUUAAGUUUAAUUCAAGACGUUCAGAUUUUCAUGUUAAAAUAGGCUAGUUUUAUGUUUGUACCUCAGAGUUUGUGGAAAAGAUGGCCAGAUGUGAAACUGACUGGGUGGAAGAGGAAUCAAAUGUGUUUUAGUUGAAAUAACGCAGUGCUUUUUCACACCACAUGAUGGCAGUGAUGGUGUCUAUGGUGUGGACACAUGUCAUGGAGCUGUUACAUGCAUACACAAAACUUAUAAGAUGUUUUAUAUGCACAUUAAAGAUGGCCUCCUUUGAAAUUAAA